ACAAUUAAGAAGAAAGUAGCAACAACAAGUGCUCUUCUCACAGAAAAGCAAAGGCAUUAUGGCUGUCCUUUUCUCUCUCUUGCCCGUCCUGCCCGGUUUCUUCCUUCCACAUUUCAUGCCUGCCCGUCCUGCCCGUUGUUGAAAAAAACCUCUCUUUCACAUGCAAAUGCAAACUCAAUCUCUCUCUUUCCCACAUACACCUCCUUUGGACUCAAUUUCCUCAACUGGCUUGUCUUUGUUUUGUGUACUUGUGUUGAUCCUUUUGUUGUUUCAUUCAAAACUAUGAUGUUUUUGUUCUUUUUAAUGAUGUUUCUAAAUUUCUAAAUUUUAUAGCUUUCAAUUAUUGCUAUUUAGGUUUCUUGAAGGGUGUGUUUUUUAUUUUUGUCUUUAUUUAUAACCAUUUUCUAAAUUUUGAAUUUUUAUGGUUAUGAUCAUAGUUUUCACAGCCUUAAAUUAUUGGAAUUGAGAUUUCUUGAAGUGGGUGUUUUUUUAUUUUUGUCUUAUUUCAUAAUCCAAGUCUAAAGUUUGAAACUUUAUGGUAAAAUUUUGAAUAUGUAAAAAAAAUUAAAAAUUUAAGAGUUUUUGGAAGAUGGGGUUUAGGAAUAAUGCAAUUCAAGCAGGGAGUUUGGAUGUGGGAGGGAAGUCAAAGGGAAAGAUGAAGAAGGAUUGUGAUGAGAAAGAAAUUGGUUGUUGUGUUAAAUUUAGUUGCUUUGGAAAGUGUAUACCUUCAAGAUUAAAGGUUGAUAGUUCCAAAAGUGGUACCACAAGUGCUCAUAAUGUGGAAAACGCAUCUGCGUAUGAGAGAAGCAAAAAGGAUAGAAGUGCUCCUCCAGGAUCCUCUACAACUAGUAAUGCAGAAAGUAUUCCUUCCACUCCAAUGUUCAGCGAAGAGUUGAAGGUUUCUUCUGAUUUGAGAAAGUUCACAUUCAAUGAGCUAAAGAUGGCAACUAGGAAUUUCCGACCCGAGAGUCUUCUUGGUGAGGGAGGAUUCGGUUGUGUAUUCAAAGGUUGGAUUGAGGAGAAUGGAACUGCACCAGUGAAACCAGGUACUGGACUUACCGUCGCGGUCAAGACCCUCAACCAUGAUGGACUUCAAGGUCACAAAGAGUGGCUUGCUGAGUUAAACAUUCUCGGUGAUAUCGUCCACCCAAAUUUGGUCAAAUUAAUUGGCUUCUGUAUUGAAGAUGAUCAAAGAUUAUUGGUUUAUCAGUUUAUGCCGCGUGGAAGUUUGGAAAACCAUCUUUUCAGAAAAGGGUCGUUGCCUCUUCCUUGGUCAAUCAGAAUGAAAAUUGCACUUGGUGCAGCAAAAGGUCUAAAUUUUCUCCACGAAGAAGCUCAGAGACCUAUAAUCUAUCGUGAUUUCAAGACUUCUAAUAUUCUAUUAGAUGCGGAAUACAAUGCAAAGCUAUCGGAUUUUGGACUUGCCAAAGAUGGUCCUCAAGGGGAAAAUACACACAUAUCGACAAGAGUUAUGGGAACAUAUGGUUAUGCAGCUCCUGAAUAUGUGAUGACUGGUCAUUUGACAUCAAAGAGCGACGUCUAUAGUUUUGGAGUAGUACUACUUGAAAUGCUCACCGGACGGCGAGCUGUUGAUAAAAAUAGACCAAACGGUGAACACAAUCUUGUGGAGUGGGCGAGACCUGUACUUGGAGAACGAAGAUUGUUAUUCCAGAUAAUUGAUCCUCGUCUUGAAGGUCACUUCUCGGUCAAAGGGGCACAGAAAUCCGCCCAACUAGCUGCCCAAUGCCUUAACCGUGAUCCGAAAGCUAGACCUAUGAUGAGUGAAGUUGUUCAAGCUCUAAAGCCUUUGCAAAACCUCAAAGAUAUGGCUAUCGCGUCAUAUCACUUUCAAGUUGUGCGAGUAGAUCGUACAAUGUCGAUGCCGAAUUCUAAAAAUGGCACACAAACACAGGUAGCAUCUUUAUCAAAGAAGGGUCAACCUAUGAGGAUCUUGUCAAGUCCAAAUGGUCAACAUGGUUCUCCGUAUCGUCAUUAUAUCAAGUCACCAAAACCUAAAAAUGGAUAAGAAUCGUGAUUUUCACUUGUUAAUUCGCUUCUCUAUUCAUUUGGUUUUCUCAACUGAGCCAUUAGCUGAACAGAAAUCAUUAAGUUAUAUAUGUUGUUAUUGUGAAUUUGUAUACAUUUUCCACCAUUUCAUAGAGCUUCUUUCCUUUUCAGAGUGUAUUUUUUGUAAAGAAAACAAGUGGUGGUGUUAGCUCAUGUUAUUAUUAUUCAUAGAUAUUUACAUACUUGUUGGUCAAUGUACUCAUCAGUAAAUACUUAUAUCAAUGUAAUCAAAUGUUAUACUUGUAAGAGAAACAUGCUAGAGCCUAGACCUAGCUUUGAAUGACUUUAAAUUUCUGGAUUUAAUCCUA